AUGGAGACGCUCUCCCAAGAUUCCUUGCUGGAGUGUCAGAUCUGUUUCAACUAUUACAGCCCCCGGCGAAGGCCCAAGCUGCUGGACUGCAAGCACACCUGCUGCUCCGUGUGCCUUCAGCAGAUGAGGACGAGCCAGAAGGACGUGAGGUGCCCCUGGUGCCGAGGCAUCACCAAGCUGCCCCCGGGCUUCACCGUGUCCCAGCUCCCCGACGACCCCGAGGUCCUCGCCGUGAUCGCCAUCCCGCACGCCUCCGAGCACACCCCGGUCUUCAUCAAACUCCCCAGCAACGGGUGCUACAUGCUGCCCCUCCCCAUCCCCAAGGAGCGCGCGCUGCUGCCCGGAAGCAUGGGCUGCCGCCUGCUGCCCGGGAGCCAGCAGAAGCCGGUCACGGUGGUGACCAUCCCCGCGGAGCAGCAGCCUCUGCAAGGCGGGGCUCCCCCGGAGGCAGCGGAGGAGGAGCCCGACCGGCGGGGCGCGGUGAAGAGCUCCACCUGGUCCGGGGUGUGCACUGUGAUCCUGGUGGCCUGCGUCCUGGUCUUCCUGCUGGGCAUCGUGCUGCACAACAUGUCCUGCAUCUCCAAGCGCUUCACUGUGAUAUCCUGUGGCUGA